AUGGUGUUACGAGCACCGCUUUUUAAAAGAGCGCCAACUGGGUCGGCCAAGCCUGCAGGGUGGGCGCGCGAUCAAGCCAAUGUGCAGGCAAAUGGAUUAGCUGGCCACCUUCGCGACUUCGAUAGCUAUGUCAACGGGUCCAUUUGGGUCGAAGGAGGUUCCAUCGAGUACAGCGAAAUGCAUGAAGCUGCUCCAUACUGGUUCAAUGGAAUGGUUUCCCUGGCGUUCCAACUCGAAGAUGAUCGCUUAAUGGGCCAAGUUAAGAACUUUCUGGACUGGACGUUGGAACAUCAGGGUGAAGACGGCUGGAUCGGACCUGAACCGCUUAUAGCGAACUCUACGACUCCUAGGCUCGUAUGGCCGCGAUAUCUGGUCCUUUUGGGUCUCAUUCAAUACGCAGAAGCAGAUCCAUCCCAGUCAGAGCGCAUCAUAGAUGCAAUGCACAAGUUUAUGUCGCUCGCAAACACGCUCUGGAAGACCAAUCAACAGGGAACUCCCGACCAGGGUUUCCAAUUUGACUACCAGUACGUCAGAUGGGAAGAGUUAGUCUACUCGCUCCAAUGGCUCUAUGAUACUGAACCGAGAGGCAAGGAAGCAGAACUUCUUGAGACUAUGCAACUUGUCCGGGACUCUGGAUACUCGUGGAAGAACGAUUGGUUUGUAGAUUCCAUCUUCCCGAAGCAGGCUGUUCCCUCAAACCAACUUACGAUGCAAACCCAUGGAGUUAACACCGCUGAAGCACUCAAAUCCGAGGCUCUGGCCUGGCGAUUUACUGGUGAUGACUCGGAUAUUCAAAGUACGUUUGAUAGAUUGGACAUGAUUUACACAUACCAUGGAAGAGCGUCUGGCACAUUCUCCGCGGAUGAGCAUAUGGCUGGACUCAAUCCUUCCAGGGGUACGGAGUUGUGCGCAGUUGUGGAACAAAUAUUUUCCCUGGCUACAAUUUACUCUAUCCUCGGAAACAACACCGUCGCUGACAGGCGUAUAAUGCUCUUCCUGCAGGAAUUAUGCAUGAUUGGUGGUCUCAUCAAUACGAUCAAGAGGGUAAUGGUGUCUUCUCUCUUACUAUCUUCGUAUGCUUAUGUUAUGUGUGGUGACUCAGUAAAUCAGAUAUGGGCCAAGAACAUGAACCCUUCCCCUUGGGUGAAUAACGGACCAAACUCGAAUGUUUUUGGUUUUGAACCCAAUUAUCCUUGCUGUACUGUCAAUCACCCUCAAGCGUACCCGAAAUUCUGGUCGCACUCGUUCAUGACCGAUGAGAAAAGUGGGAGCCUUAUACAUGCCUUGUUGGGACCUGCUACCUUCUCUGGGAGCGUUGGGAAGGCGAACGACAUCAAAGUCUCUGUCGAUACUCUCUACCCCUUCGGUUUAACGUUUAAAUAUUCUGUUACAACGUCACACCCGUUCACCUUCCAGAUUCGUAUCCCUGACUGGGCCAAGAGCCAGCAGAGUACUAUAGCGGUUAACGGAAAGAAACAAACCGCUAUCCAACCAGAUCCAUCUACUUCUUUGCAAAGCGUGAAGGUCUCUACGGGAACAACCACCAUUGAAAUGACCCUUUAUGCACCUCUAGUGGUUGAAGUGCGCACUAACAACGCAGUAGCCAUAACGCGCGGUGCAUUGAACUAUGCCGUGGAACUAUCCUAUAACCAAACGUCUGCCCCUGGAUUGAGGAGUGGCCAGGCUCUAGGUGACGUUAAGCGGUUGUACCCUAACGCUCCUCCCGCGUACUUAACCCCUACCGACAACCACACUGUUGAUAAUACUCUCCUCCCCACAAGUGAAUGGAGGAUUGCGAUCGACCCAAACACGAUUGAAGUAAACGAUGAAUCCAGUCACACAUCAUCGAUGCCUUAUUAUGCGUGGGCUCCAGGAGCACAACCAGUCUCGAUGACGGCCACUGGAUGUCAAAUCGAAUGGGACCUUGUCGAUGGAACCGCCUCUGCGCCUCCCAUGAGCCCAAACAGCUGCGUUGGAGAUACGUUCAAGGUGAAAUUAGUUCCAUUUGCUGCUGCUAAAUUGAGAAUCGGGGAGAUUCCUACGAUGGCGUCCUCUUGA